AUGGGUGAGUAUUGCUAUAAAGUAUUAUUUCAUGAAACAACUUGGCAAGAUGCAAAAUCUGAAUGUGAACGUGAUAAUGCUAUGUUAUUUGUACCUGAACAAAUGAUGACAUUAAACUUGAUAAAAUCCUUAUUUUUACGUCGAUAUAGUUAUACAUCAUCUGGUGUUGCACAUAUUGGUGUUAUUUAUGAUAAUCAAAAGCUUAUUGUAAUACAAACUAAUACAACUGAUAUAAAUACUUUACCAAGGAUAUUGGAUUCCUCUUCUCUUUAUACUUUAUGUGAAUUCACAUUUCGACAACAUUAUGCAAGAUUGAUGUCAUCGCCAAAUAUAUCAGAAAUAGAAAAAAAUCAAUUAAAAACUGAACAGACUGGUUGUGCAUAUGUUGAUUUUCGAUCUGAAUACACACUAUCGAUUUUAUGUGAUGAAAUACCUUGUAACCGGCUAGCAACUGAUAAACAACCAGAUUCAUCAAAUCUUCAAGGCUUAGAAAAUGAUCAACCCAUACCUCAAGGUGAACCUGAUGAAAUAAUAAAUUUCAAUUCUGACAACCGAAUUCUUACUGUUGAACAUCAACCAACUGGUGAAAUUAUUAAAGAAAAAUCAGAUAUAUAUCGAUUACAAGAUGAAUAUUUUCGUUCGUGUGUUCAUGAUAUUCAAUUAGGUAAACACCACAAAACAGAUGAUUCAACAAAACAUCACCAUGAAGAAUGUAUAUCAGAAUAUGACCCUGUCGUACAUCCUGAUUCAAAACCUGGUCGAUUAAAUUUAUCAAUACGAUAUGAUGAUGAACGAAGUCAAUUAAUUAUUCAAAUAAUUAAUGCACAAGGUAUAAUAAGACCUGAACAAGUAACUGCACGAGAUAUGUGUUUAACAUUUUCAUUAAUUGAAAAUGAUAUUAAUGAACAUGAUGUUGAAAAACAUAAAAGAUUUAUUAGUGAAAACGCACCUAUACUAUGGAAAGAGCCUGUGAUAUUUUGUAUUACAUAUGAAAAAGUUAUUAAAAAAAAAUUAUAUAUUUUUGUUAGUAAUCAUUCUGAUCCAUCAACACCUCGUGAUAGAGAGAUAUUAAUUCCUUUACAUAAUCUUAAAAAUCAUGCUAUAGAAACAAAUAACUGGUUUGAUUUACAAUAUGUCAAAUCAACAUCAUAA